CUCGAGGCCACCUACGUCGCGGCGCUCGACGCCGGCGUCACGCUCUUCAACACGGCGCAGGCCUACCCGACGAGCGAGGCCUGCCUCGGCGGGCUCCGGGCGCGGACGCGGCGGCCGGCCUUCGUCGUCUCCAAGUUCAACUCGCUCGCGGCCGCGCCGCAGGCGCUCGUCGCGUCGCUGCGCGACUCGCUCGACGCGCUCGGCGCGGCCAAGGUCGACGGUUUCCUCGUGCACUUCCCCAGGGGCGACCUCGCGGCGCUCGCGGACGGCCUCGCCGCGGCCGUCGGCGCGGGCCUCGUCGACCACGUCGGCUGCUCGAACUUUGGCGAGCGCGCGCUGCGGCGGCUCCACGGCCUCCUCGCGGAGCGCGGCGUGCCGCUGCGCUUCAACGAGAUCGAGUUCUCGCUGCUCCGCAGGAAGCCCGAGACCGACGGGCUGCUCGCGUGCUGCGCCGAGCUCGGCGUCACGGUGCUGGCCUGGGCGCCGCUCGCGUCCGGGCGCCUCGGCGCGUCGCACGCAAACGACGUCGCGAACCCGAAGGCGCGGCCGCUGCUCCGCGCGCUCGAGGUCGUCGCGGAGAAGACGGGCAGGACGACGACCCAGGUCGCCCUCAACUGGUGCAUCUGCAAGGGCGUCGUUCCCAUCCCCGGGGCGCGCACGAAGGCGCAGGCGGAGGAGAACUGCGGCGCCGCGAGCUUCCGGCUGAGCAAGGCCGAGGUCGUCGCGCUCGAC